AAUUGUAUUGAAAAUUACUCUUCUCACGUCUAAAACAUGAAUAUAUUAACAUAUCAAGUUAAUGUUUUCGUUUUAUUUCACAAAUUUAUGAAUGAAAUCUACUCUUAUACAAAUUUAGUAAAACUAAAAACCAUUUCUCAUUAGUUAUUUUCAUCUAACUUUUAAAUACUUAAAUUAAGAAAUUAUAUAUAUGACAAAAAGAAAAUCUAUAUAAAAAAGUUAUUAUGAUUUUUUAGAAAAAUUCAGAACUAAAUUUAAAUAAAUAAUAUUCACAAAUUUAAGUAUAUAAACUGAUAAAUUGUGAAAGCAAUUAUAAUUUAUAAACAAAACCAAUAUCGGGUUUUGACAAUGAUGAUCAAAAUCUAGUUACAUAUAGCAAUGCAAUAGCUAACUUUAAUACUUUAGCCCAACAAAAUAAACCAAACCAGAAGGGAAAAAUGUCGGUCAUGAGAUUUUUCACAUUAAAAACAUGUUUGUUUUAAGUUAGGUUGUUGGUCUUAAAAUAUAGGUUGAAACAAGCGGUUGCUACUCUCCGGUCAUAUGGUUCAUUUACUCCAUUCAUUAUAUAAUACUCCCCCUGUUUUUAAUUAUAAGUAGUUUUACUUAAAAGCAUGUAUGUUUAGAAAAUUGUUAUUUAAAAAAAUAUAUCAUUUAAUCAAUUAAUUCAACCAAUUAUAAAAAGUUUAACAUUAUUUUAUUGAUCACACAAUAUCCAAUAAAUGAAAAAUAUACAUUGAAAUAUGUAAACUAUUGUGAAACAAACUCUUUUUGUUAAAACUACCUACAUUUGGAAACAGAGGGAGUAUAUUAAUAAUCAAUGGAACUGUGAUUCAAAAAAAAAAAUCAAUGAAACUAAGCAAAAUUAUUCCUGUUUCUAAACCCGUUUGUCGUUUGUCAUAUCCAGAUAACCCUCACAACCUUUGCCGACGAUUUGAUCCACCACUCUCGGUGUGCUUCAGCUGCAAAGGCCAACACUUAGAGAAUAGAAGGUACUAUUACUACUGUGCUACUUGUGAUUUGGAAUUUCACAGAGGUUGUCACUUGUUUCCUCCCGAAAUCAAACACCCUUUUCACCUUCUCCACCCUCUCACUCUCAUCUUCUUAGAUCCUGAUUUUCAAAGCUCUAGAAUCCCCAUUGACUGGCCUGAUUCCUCCUCUGAGUCAGAUGACUAUGAUUCAUAUGAAGAAAACUCUGGAUCAUAUGAAGGCCAUAUUGUUAAAUGCAAUUAUUGUCGGAAAAAUCUUCAACCAGAAGAGUUUGGGAUGGCAUACUAUCAUUGCUCUACCUGCAAUUUCAGUUUACACAGGAUUUGCGCGUAUAUUAGACCACCUCUCACUAUUAAAAACCUUAAAUGCCAUGACCAUACUCUUACCCUUCCUAGACGAGUCCCUUUGCCUUGUGAUGCUUGUGGCUUCUCUCUUGACGCUCCAUUCUUUGAUCAUGUUUACUCUUGUUUGCUUUGUAACUACAUGGUCCAUAGAACAUGUAUUUACUUACCUCGUGUCUUUAAGAUUACCCGUCACCCACACCGUCUUUCUUACACUUCCUCCAUUGUACCUUCCCGUGAGCUAGCUUGUGGAGUCUGCCGCAAAACAGUUGACGUCAAUUACGGAUCAUACUCUUGCAACAAGGGAUGUCACUACGCCCUCCAUUCCAAGUGUGCAACAAACAAAAAAGUUUGGGAUGGGAAAGAUCUUGAAGGAGUUCCUGAAGAAGAAGAAGAAAUACUUGAGCCCUUCUUGUGGAUUGAUGAAGAGACGAUACAACAUUUCAGUCAUGAUCAUCACCAUCUAAAGCUUCGUCAGAAUGGUGGCAGCCAUGAAAACAAGUUUUGUGAAGCCUGCACCCUUCCCAUGACAGUUUCAGAUCGCUUCUAUAGCUGUAUAAAGUGUGAGUUUGUCCUCCAUGAAACAUGUGCAUACCUUCCUCGGAGAAAACACCAUCCCGUACACAAACACCCACUGACCCUCUUCCAUCCAUCCUCUUCUUAUCCUCACAAGGUUGAAAGGAAGUACUACAGAGACGGUUUCUUCACGUGUGAUGGUUGUACUCGUAAUUGUUGUGGCUUCAUAUACAGAUGCAGCGAAAAGGAUUGUGAGUUUCAGCUAGAUGUAAGAUGCGCUUCUCUUCCUGAUCCUUCAAUCCAUGACUGCCAUCCACGUGAUCACCCUCUCUUCUUCAAUUUCACCAGUGGUACCUGCAUGGGUUUCGAGUCUGUUGCAUGCGACCAUAGUGAGUACUUAGAAUGUACUCAGUGUGAAUCCUCCUUUUUGUGUCUUCAUUGCACUACUUUGCCUUGCGUGGCUCACUACAAGCCCGAUAAGCAUCCAGUCACUCUUUGCUACGGAGAAGAAGAAACAACAGAUCUCAAAUAUUGGUGUGAGAUCUGUGAAAAUAAAUUAGAUGCAACCAAGUGGUUUUACACAUGUGAAUUUUGUAGAGUCACUCUUCAGGUUAGAUGUUUACUGGGAAAGGAGGUCUACUACAUGAAGGCGAACCAUAUCAUCAAAAUAAAUGGCAAAAAUGUUGACAUUGAAUAUAACAAUGGCAACACAAGACCAGUGUGUACAAGAUAAAUUAAUAAAGGAGGAUUGGUGCACCAAUCCUCCUUUAUAAAGCACCAAUCCUCCUUUAUUAAUUGAUAAUCUCCUUCAUAACUCUCUUGCAUAUACACAUUGGUAUACAAGUGUGACAAUGAAAUAUUCUGUAGUCUGACUUGUUUAUUCCAGCCUGGUUUGCCCUUGGGACACCACUACUACAUGACAAGAAGAAUCAUGAGGAUAAGGGAAACAGAAAAAUUAGAAGAAGAGGCUGAGGUGGAACUAGCUAACGAAUAAAAGAAUAAGCUGAGAGUCAGAGUCAAAGUCCGAGUCUGUAUACAUUGAGUUGAAUUGUUCAUUAGCUAUGCAGUUUUAUUGUGUGAGAGUCGAAUAUUGCUUUUGUAAUUCUUCUGAUAAAUUAAUAAAGGAGGAUUGGUGCUUUAUCAAUUCUUUAAUA